AUGGGCAGUGCAAAGAAGCCAUGGGAUACGUACUCUUCAAAUAUAUCUAUUGAUUUAACAAAGCAUCACGUGCCUGUCACGUGGAUGGACAAACUAGCGCUGUGGACGGUGAAGACACUCCGUUGGCCCACCGAUAUCUUCUUUCAGCGACGUUAUGGAUGCCGGGCAAUGAUGCUGGAGACUGUAGCAGCGGUGCCGGGAAUGGUCGGCGGCUUGCUCCUCCACCUCCACUCGCUCCGCCGCUUCCAGCACAGCUGCGGCCUGUUCACUACCUCCACGAGCAGAGCCCUCCUCGAGGAGGCCGAGAACGAGAGAAUGCACCUCAUGACCUUCAUGGAGGUCUCGCAGCCUCGCUGGUACGAGCGAGCCCUCGUCAUCGCCGUCCAGGGCGUCUUCUUCAAUGCGUACUUCCUCGGCUAUCUCAUCUCCCCCAAGUUCGCCCACCGUGUCGUCGGCUAUCUCGAAGAGGAAGCCAUCCACUCCUACACCGAGUUCCUCAAAGAGAUCGAUGAGGGCAACAUCGAUAACGUCCCAGCCCCGGCCAUCGCUGUCGACUAUUGGCGUCUCCACCCGGGCGCCACCCUCCGUGAUGUCGUCAUGGUCGUCCGCGCUGAUGAGGCCCACCACCGCGACGUCAACCACUAUGCAUCGGAUAUUCAUGUGCAAGGACUCAAGUUGAAGGAGCUGGCGGCGCCGGUGGGCUAUCACUGAUGAUCUUCUGAGUAAUAAUUACUUCACUUUGGGAAGAGAAGCACCAUGGAAUUAAUUUAAUUAAUCUUUUGUUCUGUUCAUAUGAUUGCGAUAUGUUUAGCUAUGCUGUUUUAUGAUUGAAGAACUUUGAAUUAAUUAUACUCUUACAAUGUUAGGCCUUGAGGUAUGGCUCAAUCCUAGUGUUGAAUCAAGUUCAGAUUUUGAGUGGGUUUGGUGUGGUGUCGCAUCACAUUUUGUGGUGUUGGAAUAAAAGAAAAAUUGUAUUGGCCGUCGCAGUUUUUUGAACAAUAGUUUCUUCUGUAAUUGUUUUACGAUUGAUUAUUCAAAUAGCUGUUGUAGCU